GAGAAAGGUGAAGAACUCAGAAAUGCGAGGCCAAAACGGCGAAACCCAACAAAAAGAAGAACCUAGCUCUGUCUCUCUCCAUCCGAAUCUCUCAAUCUGAUUAAGCCAAGAGGCACUCCUCUCUGCAAAUUAAACUCAUCUGAGACUAAGAACACAUAGCGAGUUUGUUAUCUAAAUGGCUGCGAGUAACUCUAGGGUUUCAGUCAUUGAAACUGCUCUGCUUUCACUCUGAGAUGGAAGACGAAACCCUCAAAUGCCCUAUACAGAAAUUCAAGCCUGUCUGACGUUAUUUCAACUGAGAUUAAAGACAACAAAGGAGGUUUUUUUUUGAGGUUAUCUAGGUUUGUUUCGUAUUUGGCUCGUUCGAUCUGCUAAUGGACUCCCGAGAUUUAUCGUCUUCAGCCGCUGCAAGUAGAGAAGGUUCCUCGGCGGAUGAAGAUGGCCUACUCUCCGUUACUGCCGGCCUUGCUAAGGAGGCGGCUUUGUUGUUUCAGUCGCGGAGGUAUACGGAAUGCAUCGAUGUGUUGAAUCAGCUCCUACAGAAGAAAGAAGACGAUCCAAAGGUUAUUCAUAAUAUUGCUGUUGUGGAGUACUUUCGUGAUGGUUGUUUUGAUCCAAGGAAGCUACUUGAAGUGCUUAAUAAAGUUAAGAGAAGAAGUGAAGAGCUUGCUUGUGCAUCAGGAGAGCAAGUGGAAGUUUCUGGCAGUGUUGGUAAUAAUGUUGUUUCAGGGCCUAAAGGAAGCACUGUGACACCACAUCAAUUUUUGGCUGCAAACAGUUCCAGUAUUGCCUACACAGAUGAAUUUGACACUUCUGUUGCUACCUUGAACAUCGCUGUUAUCUUGUUCCAUCUUCAUGAAUAUGCAAAUGCACUAUCAGUUCUGGAACCGUUAUAUCAGAAUAUAGAACCCAUAGAUGAGACAACGGCUCUUCACAUAUGCCUUCUGUUACUGGAUGUUGCUCUAGCUUCACAUGAUGCAUCAAAAGCUGCAGAUGUUAUUCAGUAUCUGGAGAAAGCUUUUGGAGUAGGUUAUAUGAUUAAUCAAGGUGACAAUGGAAGCACCAACCAGCAUCAAUCUUCAAAUGUGGUAGUAAAACCUUCAUCUGCACCAUGCAAUUCAACUCCCCCGGAUGCUUCUAAUUCAGACUCUGCUGCCAAUACAAAUGCCUCUGAAAAUCAAUUAGCAAGAUCCUUAUCAGAUGAAGCACUUGAAUCCCUUCUGUCAACACUAGACAGUGGUGGGCAAAACUUGGCAAGACCAGCUGGCCUCCCGUCAAACGAUCUGUUGAGAACAGCAGCUGAUCGGCCCGCUCAUGCUGUUGAUCUGAAGCUCAAGCUCCAUCUCUACAAGGUGCAACUCCUGCUUCUCUCUAGGAACUAUAAAGCAACAAAGCGUGAAGUUAAGCUAGCUAUGAAUAUUGCACGUGGUAGAGAUUCUUCCAUGGCAUUGCUUUUAAAAUCCCAGCUAGAGUAUGCUCGGGGUAAUCACCGUAAGGCCAUCAAGCUCUUGAUGACGUCAAGUAAUAGGACAGAAUCUGGAAUGCCAGGCAUAUUCAACAACAAUCUUGGUUGCAUCUAUCAUCAACUAAAGAAACAUCACGCAUCAACUGUGCUCUUCUCUAAGGGAUUGAGAAGUGGCUCAUCUCUCCGAUCAGAGAAACCUCUUAAGCUUUCAACUUUCUCCCAGGAUAAAUCUCUCCUCAUCGUGUAUAACUGUGGACUGCAAUACUUGUCCUGUGGAAAACCAAUAAUUGCUGCUCGUUGUUUUGAGAAGGCCAGUUUAGUUUUCCACAAUCAGCCCCUCUUUUGGCUCCGAAUUGCUGAAUGUUGUCUAUUGGCUCUAGAGAAAGGGCUUCUGAACUCCAAUGGAUCUCCGGCCAGUGGGGAAGAAGUUAGAGUCCAUGUUGUUGGCAAUGGGAAAUGGAGGCAACUUCUUGUGGAAGAUGGGACAUUAAGAAACAGAUACUUGGAUCCUAUGGAAGAGGAAGGAUUGUUGGGUGGUGAUGGCCAACACAUGCUUUCGAUCCCUUUUGCUCGGCAAUGUCUUUUCAAUGCCCUGUGUUUAUUGAACAGUUUGGAGUUGAAGUACUUAAAGGUUAGUAUGUCCAAUUCUGGUUCAGAAGAAGACGAGUCAAGUCUAUCAGGAUCACUUGAGAACUCGAACAACAAAAAUGUGUCGGUUGGUGAUUCCAAGGCAUCAAAUUUCACACUGGUUUCAGCCUCGGCUAAUGCAAAUGGGGAUGCAAAAGAGGCAAAGGGAGUGAGCCCCAACAACACCCUACAGAGUUCCGUCUCCGCUUAUGAGGAUAUGUGCAGAAGGGAGAACCACUUAAUCAAACAGGCUGUUCUAGGUGACCUGGCAUAUAUAGAGUUGAAUUUGAGAAACCCAUUGAAGGCACUAUCAGCUGCAAAUUCUCUUCUGAGAAUUCCAGAAUGUUCAAGGAUAUACAUCUUUCUAGCUCAUACGUAUGCAGCUGAGGCACUGUGCCAUCUGAACCGUGCUAAGGAAGCAGCUGAUCAUUUGUCAGUUUACAUAUCAGAUGGGAAUGUUGAGUUUCCAUUCAGCGAAGAUGACAAAAAGUGGCGGGUUGAAAGGGGUGGAGAUGGUGAAGAGUUAAAUGGUGCUUCAGUUGCUGGCAGUAAUACACCCAUAGAAGAUUCUCAAGGUAUCGUGUUCCUCGAGCCUGAAGAGGCACGUGGAACCCUGUAUGUAAAUCUUGCAGCGAUGUCUGCAAUGCAGGGAGAUCUUGAGCAGGCUCAACGGUUUGCAACAGAAGCUUUGUCCCAGAUGCCUAACCAUCCACAGGCAGUCAUCACUGCAGUUUAUGUGGAUCUUCUGCUGGAGAAGAAAGAAGCAGCCCUUGCCAAAUUGAAACAGUACAAUCAUGUUAGAUUCAUCCCUAGCAAUGUAACAUUUUAACAGUUCUGCCUGAUGGUUAUAUUGUUGGUUUAAUUGAUUCAAGUUUCCAGCCCAACACCCCUUGUGAGUUUAGCAGGUAGAGGAGGAAUCUUUUUAGAGAAUGUGUAACAUAUAUAAGAUGAGCCAUAGAAUAAGCUUUUCUUUUCCAUGUUUAGGGUUGGUGGCAUGGCACAUUGUUUUGAUUAGCGCAGUUGCCCCCUUUCAAAAUUCGAGAUGUAGUAGUUCUGAUUCAGAUCACUGUUUUUAGUGGCUAAUCCAGUCAGUAUUCAACAAGAGAGAUUGAGCUCUCAGAAAUGAAGAAAGGUUUGGAACAAUUCAUUCAUUCUGGAUAGUAAAUGCAAAGUACCAUUUUCAUUCAAA